AUGAAGGAAAAAUGGCGUAAGAUUUUGAGCGAGUGGAAGGCAAGUAGUUAUGGCAGCAGAGUUUCUUCUAUACCAAAGGAUGAACUUCUGAGGCUUUUGAAAAGUCUAAUGAAUCAGUUGUCAGAGAAAGCGCCUGAUAAUUUAAAAUCCGGUUUCAGAAAAACAGGAAUUUGUCCUUUGGACCGACAAGUAUUAGACCGUUUAUGCGAUCGUGUCGUAACAGCAGAUACCGAAAUAACUGAGCAUGUUGGUAACAGUUUUAUUCAACACAUUACCAACGUAAGGACAGAAACAACGAAAAAGAGACAGGUAAAAAGAAGGAAACGUCUGAACGUGCCACCAGGAAAAAGCAUAUGCGGUAGUGACUUUAACAAUGACACACUUACUGUUGAAAAUAUGACAAAAACUGUUGAUCCUGAGUCUGGAACCUCUGACAUCCGUCAGAGAAAACGUCUACGAUAUAUUGGAGCUGACAGAUCAUCAUCAGAUAGUUCUAGUGAAAAUGAGGAUGAAGUUAAAUACAUGGAGAGUGAUGACAGUACAAGUGAUGACCAUUUUUUCGAUGAUGGGGAUGAACAGCCCACUGAAGAAAAUAAUGCCCCAUCCCAAAAAGUGGAGAAAUCAACGGGAAGGUACGUAGUUGUACAAUUUGAGCAAAACUAUUUUCCUUGUCAAAUUACUAAUGUCUCGAGGGUAGGAGCAACCAUAAAUGUGAUGGAACGCGCUGGAAAACAAUGUAAGUGGCCUCUUAAGAAGGACGAGAUAUUUUAUAGGAAGGAUGAAAUUGUAAUGGGUAUAAACGCUCCAAUGCAGCGUGGAAAGCGAGCCUUAUUUGACGUUCCAGAAUUGAAAGACAUUCUUGAGUAA